ACUUCAUUUCAAAAAGUUGUAUUUGAAUAGAGGAAAAUGGUUCAACCAAGCGAUUUCAGCGAUAUUCUACGCCAAGUCGGCUGGACGGAUGGGUUCAAUAUUCCAGCUCUGAGCGAUGAAAAUAGACGUCUUGAAGCCGAGGUUGCAGCAAUGUUGCGCGAAAAAGCGUCGUUGAUGACCAGUGUAGCAGAACUUGACGACCUGAUGGGCUCGCUAAAAUCGCAUACUCAAGAGCUUGAGACUGAAUAUACGCAGAAUGAGACGAUGCUCAGCGUCCAGCAGAAACAGAUAGAGAAAGAGGAUGCUCGGAUCAGAGUGCUCCAGGGCGAGCAGAGCAGAUUAAAAAAUGCCAUUUCUAUGGAAAAGCAGGAACGAAAGAACAUCGAAGAGCGAUGUAAAAAGAUUGAAAAUCAGAUUAACACUGCACUGCACCCAAAUAAAGACCUCGAGGCUGUGCAAGAGCAUUGGCAAAAACAGGAAGCACUCGCAAAUCUCACAACAGGCACGCUGGAAGAUUUUUACAAACAGGACGAAGCGAAAUUGAAGGAGCUGGAACUGCAGCGACUGCGGCUUCAAGAACAAGUGACUGCAGCGACAAAAAAGCUGCAUGAGACGAACAGUUCAGUUCUUGCCCUAGAACAACAACUUGAAACGUCUGCGAAUAAAUACAAAGUCAUCUUAGCAGCAAAAAGUGAGCUUGCUGAUCGAUGGAAAGUGACAGCAAAUAAUGUUAGGGAAAAGGAAGAGAUAUGUAGAGGCCUGAAGCAAGAAAUAGAUGCACUCUCACACAUCGUGGAAAAUAAACAGGCCGAAAUGAGAGCUACGAAAGAAUUGGAGGAAAAUGAGCAGAGGCGGAAUUGCGAGAUAAUGGCACAUACCCGCCUGUUGGAACACGACGCAAUGAAACUGAGAGAAAAUCUGAGAGAAAAUAAAACCACCAGUGCGGCACUCGGUGAAGAAGUUGACAGCCUGCAACGCUACCUGGCUGGGUGUGGAAGUGAUUUGGCGGAGUUGAGAAAAAGGAGUCAAGAUACAACAAAGCGAAUCAAUGAGCUCGAAAGUCAAAGAGACGUUACAAGAGAGGGCUGUUUGCAGAGAAAGCUGAGGCUGGAAAAUCUAGGAAGCCUUACUGGUAACUCAGAGAAACGCAACCAACGCUUGGAGGGAAUGUUGCAAGAAAAGAUGAGGGCGGUCUCGAAAAUGAAGAACGACAUACACCGCAUUGAAAGUGAAACAACACAGGCAAAGCAAGAAACCUUAAAGGUGAAGCAGGAAACCGGAAAUUGCCUUGCAGUCGCGAAUGCAGAAGAAGUGACACUGAGACACGUCCAUCAGCAAAAGAAUGAAGUCGAUAAAUUGUUGGAGAAACACAGAGACAUGCUUCUGAAUAUAGAUGUGGAAAUUCAAAGAGCGGAUCUACGAUUACAAAAAAUAGCAAAUGAAAAGGCUGUAGAUGCUGAAAAUACAGCAAGGUUGUCAGAAAAGGAGAGUUUACUCAAAGAGGCCUAUAGUCAGAAGAAAGCUGCACUUACUGAACUUGAACGAGACUUGAGGAAUUGUGAGACAGGAGAGCGACAGGUUGUUCAAUCGUUAGUUGCAGCAAAGCAGCAGCUUGAGGCUCUACAGGCUGCAGAAAAGGCCUAUUGGGCUGAAGUUGACGGAGGAGAUGCAAAAAUGACAGCCAACCGAACAGAAGUAGAAAGUUGCCAAGUGAAGCUAUCCCUGAUGAAGGCAAAAGUGACAAAACGGAAUGAUGAGUUGUCCAAGCUUAAGGCAGAAGUUCUGAGUCUAAAGAACACAGCUCUGCAGGCUGACCGAGUGGGAAAGCUGCAGAGUGCUGAACUCGCAUCAGAAAUUUCUGCCUUGGCUGCAGAAGUGACAGCCGCCGAAAAUGGAAAUACAGAAUUGAAACAGGCUAUUAAGAGAAGAAAGCUGAGGAUCCAACAGUUACAAGGAGUGUUUGACAUGACUAUAAAAUCGAUGGAAGGGAGCAGUGCUGAAAAUUUGGAUGCAACAGAGUGCAUUACCAAGCAGCAAAUAAGGGUUGCUCAAGAGAAAGGAGAAUUAGUGAACAGAGGAAACACUCUCGAUUUGCAAAUAAGAACUGCAGAGAAGGAAAUUCAGGCCAUGGAAAAUACGCUGACUCUUGUGAAGUCAGCAAAUGACAGAUUUCGAAGUAGUCUUGCAUUACCUGGAGCACAGCAAGCAGAGGACGUUGAAAUCGAUCCAGAUUUAGCGGGAAAAAUUAAGUCUGAAGAAGAAAGACAAGUCAAUCUUAAAGCAGAGUUAAGGCAAAAGAAAGAGACAGAGGCAAAGGUGUACACAAAAUGCCAGAAUUUGAGAGAUCAGCUUGCUGAGACCGAAGAGAGAUACCAACAACUUAUCACAGAGAGUGCAGAGAGAAAGCACAUGGUGGAUGAACUUGAAAGGGAGAUAGCUGAGCAAGAUGUGAAGCUCAAACGAGCAUUUGCACAGGCCAGGCGUUUGAAACGAGAAUUGCGAGCUGGUCACUCAGGACCAACGUUUGAAGAGAGAGACCUAGAGGUGAGGGAGAUGAAACGUGUCUCAAGCGCAGCUUUAAAACAACUUUGGGAGUUGGGUCCUCAAGCAAAACCACUGGUGGCAAAAUAUUUGCAAGAGAAGGAUCUUCCGACUGAUGCCCCUCAGUUUAAAGCUAGGACCUCAAAAACCCUAUCACAACUGAGCAUCACAGGACCAAGUGAAUAACACAGUGCUUUACACGGACUACUAUUUUACUUUAUUACAUUCAAAGAAUUUGUCAAUCGACAUCUGUCUUGCACAAUAUAUUAUGAUACACAUGAACUAGUA